AUGCUUUUAAAAAGAAAUAAUACAUUACAUGAUUUUCCAUAUCAUUUAUAUUGGUUUGGUUUGAGACCUAAUUUAAGAAAUAUGUUUAAUGAUAAUAAUUAUAAAUUUAGUUGUUUAGAAGAAUUUUAUUUAUUUCGUUUUUCAAAUAUUAAUAGUUUUAAUUUAUUAAAUUUAAAUCAUUCCAAUAAUAAUUUUGUAAAUGUAUGGUUUGACAACUUAGACAAUUUAAUUAAAUGUUUUACUAUCAAAUAUUCAUCAAAUAAAUCAAAAAUUUAUUUAUAUGAACAGUAUUUCCAGAAAAAAUUCCCAGUUAAUGAUAUAUUCGAUUAUAAAAAUCCAAGACACUUUUAUUAA